UAGUAAGUAGACAUUCGUGAAUGUAAACAGACGCAUCUUAUUAUGCGUGUUUAUCAACGUGAACGCAACAUUCUCUGCGAAAAAAGGCCAAAUAGAGCUUUUUGUUGAUUCUUUAAGCCACGUUAUAUUUUCGAAUAGUGUUCAAUGUUCCAAAAUCCAACUUAAGUCAAAAUCAAUUCGAACAUAUUUAUGAAAUUUUUUUUCUUUUUUAUAUAUAUGUAUAUCAAGUUCAACGAAAUCGAAAACGUGAACUAUGAUGGAAUUUUUUCUCUGCGAAACAUCCUAAAGAACAUUUUUUAACGUGAUUUGAAGUAUGUUAUUCACAAGGGAAACAUAAUCAGUGAAUUGAAAAAAAAAACGGUGAAAUAUAAUUGAUGAAAUACAAAUCAAACCAAGUGAAUUGAGAACGCUAAGCGUAACGGAAAAUCUGUGCUGCAUUUAAAAAGAAAAGAAAAUUUACAUUCGAACAAAAAGAAAAUAAAAAAAAGUUUUGAGUGAUUGAACAAAAGAAACAAAAGAAAGGAAAAAACAAACAGUUUGUUUCAAAAGAAAAAUCAGUUUGAAAGUUCGCGACCACAAACUAAUCAAUCGAGUUGAAAUCGUUGCAAGUGGUGUGCUGUGUAAUAUAUAAAUCUAAAAAGCUUAGUUUUGUUGGAUGUGCGAUUGAAUGAAUGUUUAAUUCGAAUAAUCAAGAAUAAUCGGUGCAAAAUCGAACAAUAAAAAAAAUGCAAAAGUUAUACUCAGAAUCACCAACAGCGUCAAACAUGUCAAAUGGUAAUGGUAGCAACGGCGGCUCAGGAAACAUGAGUCCAAUGAACAGUGCUUACAAUAUGAAUCAAAUGCCGAUGUCUGGAAUGGCGUCGGUAUCACCACAAGGUGCGGGAAAUAAUGGUAGCAGCGGAUUCGGCAAUAGUGUUUUAAGUCAUUCAAAUGGAAUGGGAGCGCUUGGUUCGUCCAUAAAUUCAAUAAAUGGCAAUUGCAUGACAUCAAGCGCAAUGUCAUACGGUGCAAUGAGUUCACCACUCAGCAAUAUGGGAUCAUGUAAUAUGGGAAUUGGAAGUAUGGCAGCCACAAUGAGCAGCUAUACAGGCGUCGGCAGUUUGAAUUCGGCUCGUGAUUUGGGUGACGGUGGUUCACCAAAUUCGGGCGUAUUACAAAGGGCACGCGUUGAAAAGCCAUCAACAUACCGACGCAGUUACACGCAUGCAAAACCGCCAUAUUCAUAUAUAUCACUAAUCACAAUGGCAAUACAACACAAUUCGUCUAGAAUGCUCACAUUAUCGGAAAUCUAUCAAUUCAUCAUGGAUCUAUUCCCAUUCUAUCGACAAAAUCAACAGCGAUGGCAAAAUUCAAUACGGCAUUCGCUUAGUUUUAACGAUUGUUUUGUAAAAGUGCCUCGCACACCAGACAAACCAGGUAAAGGUUCAUUUUGGACAUUACACCCAGAUUCCGGUAAUAUGUUUGAAAAUGGUUGCUAUCUACGACGACAAAAACGUUUCAAAGACGAGAAAAAGGAACAAGUUCGUUCAACGCACAAGAGUCCAUCGCACAGUAUUGAAGCAAGCAGUCCGGGUGGCAAAAAGGAUAUGUCACAUCACGACGAACAUCAUCAUCACAGCCAUCACACUCACCAUCAUCACAAUCGCGAACACAAAGGUGGCCUAAAUACGGCCGAAUCACAUUUGGCGAAUAUGAUUAGUGGUGCAGCAAAUGCGGCAGCUGUUGGAUUGAAUAUUCAUGGCAAAGAUGCCGAAGCAUUGGCAAUGUUACAUGCAAAUGCUGAAUUAUGUUUAAGUCAACAGUCGCAUGUUCAACAUCAUGGAAGUGUUCCCGGCGGCGGUAAUAGCGUCCAUCAUCAAUUGCAGCAAGAAGAAUUGACCGCCAUGGUAAAUCGUUGCCAUCCAAAUUUACUGAGCGAAUACCAUCCAAUGCAUCAUUUGAAACAAGAACCAAGCGGCUACACGCCCUCCACCCAUCCAUUCUCAAUAACCCGCUUAUUGCCCACGGAAUCAAAAGCCGAUAUUAAAAUGUACGAUAUGAGCCAAUAUGCCGGCUAUAAUACACUCAGCCCGUUGCCCACAUCACAUGCAGCCUUAGCACAAGAUUCGUACUAUCCCAGUUUAAGCUAUCAUUCGACGUCGGGAGCGACCAGCUUGUGACAUCAGUAUCAAUUAUCGUAAGCGGUUAUUUUGACUGUUUAGAUAAUGUUCAGUGCAUUCAUUGAGAAAAUAAACAUUUGAAAAUUUAAAACAAAACUAAUAUGAAAGUAAAAAUGGCAAAUGUGCCGAGACAACAACAACAACAACAACAAAACUUUAAUCAAUUCACUCCAAAAAAAAAGUAAAAGAAGAUGUUCUCGUAAUAUAAUUAAUUUUCAUAAAUACCAAAUUCGUUUCGUGACAUAAAUGACCGCCGCGUUCACAUUUUCCAUUUCGUACCGUUCCAUCUAACCCUAUUUUUUAAUAGAUAUGUAAUAAUACAACUUUUAAUUAACGAUCGAACAAUUUUACUCUUUGACUGAAACGAAAGCUAUGUAAAGAAAAGUUUUUUGAGAAGCCGAUAGUUUUCAGUUUGAUUAUUGCAAUCAGAAUUUUAUGGAAAUUCAGAUGAGUUUAAUGCAAAAGCAAAACAAAAAAAAAACACA